CGUUUCCGAAAAUAAAUUGGUCACAUGUCCAAGAGUAUAAAUAAGAACAGCGUGGUGCAAAUCCAACGCAGUAAGGAUAAGUAUAACGAAACUUUUAUUUACCAAUAACUCUGACAACUUCACGGACUUGUCUAUAGCGGGAUGGCAGAAAUCGUUUUAAAGGUUCGAACCAAUGGAAAACGUUCCGAAAGCGCGUGCACGUAUUAUAGAGCGAAGGUUGACUCGUCUCUGUAACAUGCUCAACUUUAGGACGAGUCAUUGGGAAUAGUUGAAUAUGAUGACACGAUUUGAGGAAUGUAAAGAACAGCAACAGCAGCACGGUGGACGCGUGCAGGCGCGGCUGCAACCCGACAACAGCUCGCGGCACCUCGACCACUCCGAGCAGGAGGCGGCUGCGUGCACGCGCACCAGGUUCGAGGAAAAGCAGCCAGCGGAGGGUCGGGACUGUUUGAAAACCGACGCAAAUCUAUUUGACUUUGGCGUGUCGGACUCUAUGCUCCCUUGGCUGGAAAAGGGAAACGGAACUGCACAAUGCAAACGAGUAAGUGACACGGAGCCAGCGAGUUUACCGGAGACUUGUUAUCAUGCUUCUGAAGUGAAAAACAUGGAAAAUCAACCCGAUACCGGAGCUGACGACGCGGACACUACGCGCCAACUGAGACAGGUCGCUGCGGAACCUGACGGCGGCACGAGCCGGAUUCGAGAGCUCGAGCAAGGUGACAGCGCAGGCGGGUCGGUUAUGGAACGUGACCGCGCGACUGAGCUCGAACGGCGGGUUGUGCAACCCGGCGACACGAGCGGGCCGGUGGCGGGACGCUCAGGGGCUCCUGACGGUUCGGGAAGCUCCAGCGCCAAACUAUUCAGUGAGCUUGACAACUGUGAGGGCGAGAGCGCGCCCCCGGCAAACUGGGAUUGCACGGAACCACCACGCAAACGCCUGUGUUCCCAAGCACUCAACAAACACGCGGACAUGUCGUUUGACACGUACAGCACGAACUCUCCACAUGCCAGCACGGUUCGCAGUACUACACUGGUGCCAACCCAAAUGCCUACAAUGCAUGGAGAUUCUUCUUUGGACCCCAUGAAUAAACUUCUCAGUGACAGCUCAAAUAAUUUAGAAAAUGACAAACUGGAUAGAGAUGCAGAUAUUGAGGAUGAAGUACCAAAAUGCUCUAAGGAAAUCUCGAAUAACCAAGUAAAAUGUGAUUCACAGGUGGUGUCUGAUACCCUGAAUAAACAUCGUUGCCCUAAAACAGCAACCAAUAAGAGAAUCAGUUUAUCCAGGCUGGUGUUAGAGCAUAUAGCACCUUGUAUGAAUCAGUACGGCUUAUGUUUUGUAGAUGACUUCCUGGGGCACAAAAUUGGUGACAAAAUAUUACAAGAAGUCAUUGCUCUUCAUCAGAGUGGCAAUUUUGAGGAUGGAGCGCUGGCAGGUCAGAGUACCAAUUCAGAUAAAGAAUUAACUGCUUCAACCAAUAAAACAAUUCGUGGCGACAAAAUAAUGUGGGUGCAGGGUACUGAGCCGGGCUGUGCAUCUAUAGGACAACUUCUACAGAGAAUGGAUAAACUUAUAUUGCAUGCAGAUGGGAAAUUUGGGCACUACAAAAUUAGAGGAAGACACAAGGCAAUGGUGGCCUGCUACCCAGGGAAUGGAACAGGAUAUGUUCGACAUGUUGAUAAUCCGACAGGUGAUGGACGUUGUGUGACGUGUAUUUAUUACCUGAAUAAAAACUGGGAUGCAAAGGUUGACGGUGGUACUCUUCGAAUAGCUCCAGAAGGAAAGUCCUACGUAGUUGACGUUGAACCGAUUUUUGAUAGAUUGUUGUUGUUCUGGUCUGAUCGAAGAAAUCCACAUGAAGUACAACCAACAUAUUCUGUCAGAUAUGCCAUAACUGUGUGGUACUUUGAUGCAGAGGAGAGGGCUAAAGCAAGAACAAGGUACCAGAAUCGAACAGCUUCUGAACAAGCUACAACCUUUUCAUCAUGACAGUAACCAUGUUGAAACUUGAUCAGUGAUCCAAGUAUUUGAACGUUGUUAAUGCACAUGGUUUUUUCAGCAGCUCCAAAGACACUUCACAAUAAUACCAUUUGAUGCUUUGCUUUUGUAUGACCUUUUGUGCAUCAACUUUCACGUUAGAGAUGGUACAGGCUGCUGUUUAGCCUCCUUUUCAGCAAAAAUGUUUUAGCAGAAUUAAUCUGCAGACCAGAAUUGCACAGAAUAGAAUUCUAUAUCAGCUUUCUUAAACUUACUUAUAAGAUCUGUUCCAAUGUUUCUUACAAGAAUGACAUAAUGUGCUUAAAUAUUAUCAUUAGGUCCCAAUAGUGCACCUUAUCCAAGAUUGAAAUGGUAUUGACUAAUCCAUUAAAAUGUUUUGUUCCCCUCUAUUUAAAAGCAGUUGAAUUAUUAUUUAUGGCAUUUUUUGACCAUUUAAAAAUUUGACUAUUAUCUACUGAUUUGUUCAACAUUCUCCACUAUGUAAAUUAAACUUCUACCUUCAGAAUUGUUUGAAUUUUCUCUAUUUAUAUGGAAGCUGAAUAUCACUAAAUUUCUAAAGUUACAAAAAUAAUCUUCAUUGCACUUCAUUGUGAUUAAUGCUAGUAAAUCUUAUUCUUUAUAUGCUUAAAUCAUAAAGAAUUUAUUUGCUGAGAAACAUUGUAGUUAAGUAAAUUGAUCUUAUGAUAAUUUUGUCUGAAGAUGACUACAAUAUGAUGUGAAAUUCUUUCUGUUGCUGCCUUCAAUAGUGAAACAUGGUUCCAUGGGAAUUUCUAAAGUACAUUGAAUAUAAGCUUCAAAAUUAUUGAGUUAUAGCUGGAUGCUACCUUGUUUGCUGGUCAACAAUUUGGUAAUCCAGCAGAGGCAGUAAACAAGUUGUAUUGGAAGUUAAAUUUGAGAAAAUUGUAAGAGUUUAAUCUCCAAUCUGUUUGUUGUCUUCAGAUAAUAAAGUGGUCCCUGCAGUCAAGACAAAGAUAUAUUUUACACAAAUAUGGUUCUGUGUAUUUUGUUUGUCUCACUCCAUCUUCUGCUCUUGUUGCAUUAUUAUGAUUAAAUUAUUCAGUCAUUAACCUUUAU